AUGCCGAGUCGGGAGCAGCUGUCCGGGAGAGAAUCUCUGCUGGGGCUUCGAGCUCUGACCCUGCUCUGCUCGAGGACCGGGAUAACCCUGGCUGAGCCGGGCAGGAUCCACCCGAGGCUCCGAAAACCAGGUGUCUCCUUGGCCGUGCUGGAGGUGCACGUGGGGACGAGCCUGGUGUUCUCCGUGGAGGGGCAGCAGGCAGUGCUGCCUGUCUGGUACACCAGCCUCUCCCAGAAUGAGCCCUACAUCACCUGGAUGCUGAACAAGAAACCGACUCCCUUCCAGAUCCUGUCAUACAUAGGCGGGGUGGUGAAGGUGGAGGAGACAGACCUGAAGUCCCGCGUGGGGUUCCUGUACCCCAUCAUCACCCACAACAUCUCGGUGUUCAUCAACGCCACCCGGGAGCAAGACUCGGGUCAGUACAUGUGCACCGUCAACGUGGUGGAUGACCCCAUCAGGAUGCACAAGAACGUCGGCCUCAUCAACCUCACCGUCCUGGUGCCGCCGGCCGCCCCCACCUGCCAGCUGCACGGCAGCGCCAUCGUGGGGGCCAACGUCACCUUGAGCUGCUCCUCCAAGAAGGGGAAGCCCUCGCCCAUGUACCAGUGGCAGCGCGAGCCGCCCACCCUGCAGGUCUUCUUUCCCCCUGCCCAGGACCGGGCCAGGGGCACCCUCAAGCUGACCAACCUCUCCCUGGAAAUGUCGGGGGUCUACGUCUGCAGGGCUGAAAACCAGGCAGGCUCUAAGAACUGCAGCAUUGUCCUGGAGGUACACUCAAAAAGCACCAAAGCAGUCAUUGCCGGCGCCGUGCUGGGCUCCCUGGGCGCCCUUGCCACCAUCAUCUUCUUUGCCCAGAAGUUUUAUGGCUACAGGAGGAAAAAGCGUGACAGCCAGGAGGAGGGAGCCAACGAGAUCAAGGAAGACGCCGUGGCACCCAAAACCCCGUCGUGGGCGAGGAGGCCGGCCUCAGACACCAUGUCCAAAACCAGCACCCUGUCCUCCAUCGCGGGCACGCGGCCGGCCUACGGAGCCAGAGCGCCGUCCGACACCGCCUCCAUCCUCACCAGCACCGGCAGCUACCGGGGACCCCCGCCCCGGGCAGGGGGCCGGCCCCCCAGCCUCUCGCCCCCCGCCGCUAACGGGACCCCCCGGCGCCGCCAGGACCCCCCCGCCGCCCCCGGGGGGUCGCUGCCCCCCUCCAGCCUGGCACGAGCCGGCGCCGUUCCAGUCAUGGUGCCAGCGCAGAGCCGAGCUGGCUCCUUGGUGUGAGCACCCCCCAAAAACAGGGGUGCCCACGGCCAGCCCAUCCCACUCCCUGUUUCCCGGGGUGGUUUUGGUCCCUUUUUGGGUUUCCUUUUCUUUUUUAACAGAUGCCUCGAGCAGCUGGA